AUGAUAUUCCAAGUCGAACGUAAAGAUACUGAUAAGAAUGCAAAGAGGGUAUUUUUCGAAAAUGUCAAAAAUAAAUGUCAGACAGAACCAUACUUUCAACAAAGUGAUAUUAUUUUAUCAAUUGGAGCAAAUCAAACAACUACUCAAUGGCUAAUUCUCAAUAAGCUGUUUGAUACAGAUGUUCCUUGUUAUGUAAGUGAUCUAGCCUCUAGGUUAGAAUUGUUGCCAAUGGUCGGCAUAGCAAUGCCACUUGAAAGAAACACUUAUAUUCCGAAACUGAACACAGUGGUCGGUAGAGUGUUUUGUGUUCUUCCACUACCAUCCGAUGAAGUAGGUGAAGGAGUAACUGGCUUACCUCUUCAUAUCCACGCCUACUUUGGACUGGCUGACAAUCGACGCAGUCUGAAAUGGACAGAAGUUGAUCAAAAGCAUGACCCUAUGGCAGAAUGGAAUGAACUAAUAGUGGCACGUUUAUUACCACAAGCCUAUGUUUUGUUUAUUCUACAUGCAAUUGCAAAGGUAUCACCAUAUUCAAUAUAUCAAGCAUGGCCAAACACAAACAGCAUUAAACAUCACUGGAAUAAGUUCCUAGAUUAUUUUCAUAAGGUUGUAGCCCACCAGUCCAUUCUGUUCACAAAGACAAAACAUGGACAGUGGAUUUCUCCCUCCAAGGCUAUAUUCAGCAAUUCAAUGGUUGGUAUUCCAAAUGAUGUGGUACAAGCAGUUACAUCAUACAUAGAGUCCUGUGAUGAAGAUGUUGUUGUCCUUCCAGAGCAUGUUUGGGAACAUAUACCUCACUGUGUUAACAAAUAUAAAACGGUCAACCCUCAGUUAUUGAGAAACUGUGUACGCACUCAUUUUGUAACAGACCUGUCUUAUGAAGAAAAGAUACUACUUCUUCAAUUUUCUCUCCAUGAUGAUAACUUCGAUGAUCUGCAGAAUGUACCUCUCCUUCCAAUAUCAGGUAAACAAUUUACAACUUUUCAGCCACGUCAUAUGUAUGGCAGCAAACCAGUUCUAUUCCCUAAACCAAAUAAUCUACAAAUCCUUCUCCCAGGUAAAUGCAAAUCAUUUCAAUUUACUGAAACUAAUCUUCCUAACACUAUUCAUUAUAAACUUGGUCGAGUAGCAGACAGUGAGAAGACUCAAGUUAGAUACAUGGGCAAUGCACAUGUCUUUGAGUAUCUUUAUGAAGUUCUGCCUGCAGCCUGGUUUAAACAUGACAAUGAUACUUUUAGAUGGACUCCAGAUAAAAACAACCAUCCAUCUGUGAGAUGGCUCGCUGAAGUUUGGUUAUGGAUAAGCAGGGAAUAUCCUACCAGUCUUUCCAAGUUUUCAAACAUCCCGCUUUUUCCAGUUGAUGGUUCUACCAACACACAACUUGUGAAGCUCAAUUCCAAUACUCACGUUAUAUUUGCAGGAAAUUCCACUGCUACCUUGCAGUCUGAUGUGUGCAAAUGUCUUCAAACCAUGGGUGUAGUUAUAUUGACAAACCAGCCUAAUUUCAUCAGACACAAUGCGCUGCAUGAGUUUAUCGCUCCUCCAACCCCUGAAGGUGUUAUAUCUAUAUUAGGAAAUUUGUCCAAUAAUACAUACAGUAAAUUAUCAAAAGAGGAAAAACAAGCACUGAGAAGAACUUUAGCCAACGUAUCUAAAGACUCUAUUAUUAAGAACAGGGCAAUGUUAUGCAACCUUCCUAUAUUUGAUACAGUUCCAGGUAGUGGUGGCCAAUCAAGACAGCAAUUUUGUAAUAUCAACGAUGCUAAAGUUGCACCUUACAAUCUUGCACAAAGAACUGGCUACAACAACUUCAGAAUAAAGCAGUUACUCAUUAAAGCUGAUGAUCCAUGUAGUAGCAAUUUAUUGUCACUCAUUGGCAUUGAGCGUCUAAAACUUGCAUCUCUGCUUUCCACUUACAUCUUUCCUGAGAUGCAUGGUAAUUACUAUCAACAAUGUGAAAUUGACCAAAUUAUGGUAUGGGUGCUCCGUCAUCUAAAUGAUAUGAUAAAAGAAAAAACAGAUUUCAGAUUGGAUAUUGAAGUAAUUCCAUUUGUCAAAAUUGACAACCAUUAUAAUAGAGUGAAGCCAAAUAAUGUUUUUGACCCGCAAGAUCAAGUACUUCAAAAGCUUUUUCAAGGGGAAAAUGUUUUCCCAAUUGGUCCUUAUGCAGAACAGGAUAUUGUCCCUAUACUCCGGAGAGUUGGGCUGAAGAAUCUUGGUGAUGUAACAGCUUCAGAUAUUGCAAACACAGCAAGCAUUAUCAGCAAAUCAAAUGAUUUUGAACAUACAGCAUACAAUAAGGCAAUGGAAGUACUUAGCCUUUUAAAUAAAUCUCCAAAACUUCUUAUCUCCUACUAUAAUAGACUUCCUUUAGGGAGUUACCUGAGAAAGAUCAAGUGGGUGCCACGGAAGACGACUAGACCGGAUAAUUAUCCCUUACAAUUACAAUGGUGUGAUACUGACCAGAUGAUUUUCAAACCAACUGAUAUUUUCGCAUAUAACGCAGCAGUUUUAGUUGGUGGAAACCUUCCAGUAGUUCCAUUUGAAGUAGUCCCAGAUUUGAAAAAAAUGCUUGUAUCAGAAUCACACAUUUCAGUGCCCGAUCUUUCUAGUCAACUUGAGAAAGUAGUAAUUGCUUGGAAUAAAUGUGCAAAUUGGGGUUAUUCAGAAAGUAGUAAAUACAAUCUUAAAGAGAUUGUUUAUAGAAUAUAUGAGGAAAUUGCAAACAGGGAUUCACUUUAUAUGCAACAAAUUGACUUUCCCUGGUUAUGGCAUGGGGAUGGUUUUACAUAUCCACAUAUGAUGGCUCUUAAUACCAACUUCCCAUUUCCUCUUAAACCAUAUCUAUAUAAAAUUCCAGAGCAGCUACUUUCUAUGAAAAGUUUUCUGAUGCAAUCUGGUGUAAAAGAAGAAUUUGCUGAAAGUGAUAUGAUACAGGUGCUAGAAGUGAUCCAAGCAAACCACCAAACAGAUGAUGAAAAAAACAGAUCACGUGAUUUAUCACUUUCUGUAAGCAUUCUUAAUUGGAUAACAAGAGAUAAAGAAUACAUAUCAGAUGACUUCAAAGAUAGACUACUUGUUCCAAUUGACACUUGUGAUGGUUCUCUGGAGUUUACUCUUGGACAGAAUUGUACAUAUUGUGACAAUGACAGUCUGGUAAACACAUAUGAUAGUGCCAUCGACGACAACAUUACUAUGAUACAUCAUAAUAUUUCAACUGAGACAGCUCAAUAUCUCAGAAUACCAUCUCUUAGUCAGAGAUUUAUUGAACCAGAAGAACUAGGAUUCGAAGUUGCUGGUCAGCAUGAGCCAAUAACUACACGCUUGAAAAAUAUAUUAAAGGGCUAUGGUGAAGGAAUGAGUAUAUUCAAGGAAUUAAUCCAGAAUGCUGAUGAUGCAGGAGCAACUGAAGUGAAAUUUCUUAUUGACUGGAGGUCAAAUUCAAGUGCAAUGAAAUCUCUCUUCUCCAAAGAAAUGAAAGAGUGUCAAGGCCCUGCACUUUGGUCAUAUAAUGAUGCAAUAUUUACAGAUGAUGACUUGAAGAAUAUAAAUAAAUUAGCUGGCGCUACAAAGGCGCAGAAUAGGAACAAGAUUGGUAAUUUUGGAUUAGGAUUCAAUGCUGUGUAUCAUCUCACAGAUAUACCCAGUUUUGUGAGUCGUAACAUAUUUGUAAUGUUUGACCCAAAUACUAGUCAUAUUUCUAAUUUACUCAAGAAUAAUGUUCGAUCUGGUAUUAAAUUAAAUCUUGAGAAUGCAAGUACAUUAAGAAUAUAUGCUGACCAGUUCAAACCUUAUUGUGGUUUAUUUGGUUGUGAUCUCGUACGACAAAAACAGUAUAAAGGAACUUUAUUUCGGUUUCCUUUGCACACACCCACAACAGCUGUGAAAAGUGAGAUUUCACAUGUUGUGUAUGAUGCAGCUCGCAUGAAAAACCUUAUUGAUGGUUUAUACGAGAAUGCAGAGACACUGUUGCUAUUCACUCAACACGUGUCAAAAGUGCAAGUUUUUGAAAUCGUUGAUGACAAAACUGAUAUCACUGAUCCAACUGUAUUGUUUUCAAUUGGUGUACGGGAUGUUAUGCCACUUAUGAAAGGAAUGUCAGUAUCUCGCGAAAUACUUGCUGAAAGUUCUCAUAUUUGGAAAGAUUUUCUUGACGGAAAGCAUGUAACAUCCCCCACAUUUACCUACACAAUGAAGAUAUUUUGUGAUGUAGAAAGCUAUUUGGAGCAUGAUGAUAAUGAAUAUAACGAACCACAGAGCUUUGAACACACAUGGGCAGUUUGUUCUUGCAUUUCUUCAGGGGACGCCCUAAAGUUUGCUUUUGAUUACUCAGAGCAAUGUAAUCUUGGAUUGCAACCAUGUGGAGGUACUGCAAUUAGACUUGUGCCAGAGAGUGAUGAAACACUUUCCCUCUGUGCUACACAAGGUGAAUUGUUCUGUUACUUACCAGUACACAUUCCCACUGGUCUUCCUGUACAUAUCAAUGGUGGAUUUGCCCUAUCAUCUGAUCGACGUGGUCUACCAAGUCAUGUAAAGACUGAUAUGAAUAAAUCAAUUGAAGUUCAGUGGAAUGAUGUACUCAUGCAUGAUGUCAUUUGUGAAUCCUACACUAAGUUGCUGCAGGAUUUACUUAACAGUGGCAAACUAAAUAAAACGAGCUAUGACUAUUCCCACUGGCCAACUAAACAGUGUGGCAGUCAAUAUGCAGGUGUUGUCCAAGGAUUCUACGAGAGAGUUUUGGGCUAUAGGCAUCGGCAAAGUAUUCCAAAGCUCUUUCUUCAAGACCCAUUCCUGAAUGGAGAUGCCAACUUGGAUAUAGAUAACUCGCAUACAUUAGAUCCAUGUUUGAGACAAGAAUCAGUUGGGAAAUUGGCACUGAAUAUUUUGAAUCAGCUACUAUGCAGACAUAAUUCACCAUUCAGAACAAUAGAUAUUUCAAAACCAGUACUUUCCACAUUGCAUCAUCUUAAUAUGCAGGCAAAGGUAGAUAAAAUUACAGUUACCAAAGAAACAUUUUACAAGAAAUAUCUUUUUCCAAACUUAAACAUUCUAGCCAGUAGUAUAAGAGAUCGCUUUGUUCUUGAUAUCAUAUUAAGCUCAAAAUGGAAAUCACAUGAAUACAUGAAAACACUGCUGCAAACACAUCCAUGUAUUCCUACAUCUACACAGUGCUCCAUGAUGUCCAAAGUGACAGAUCUUAUUGAUCCAACAUCCAAACUAGCAGCACUUUAUGAUAAAAAUGACAAGAGAUUCCCUUGUGGGGACAAAUAUGUAUCAGAGAAUUGUUUGACUAAACUCCGUGAAGUUGGUAUGGCUCAUAAUCAGCUAACAUGGACAGAUGUUAUUGAACGUGCAAAGUCUGUACAACCGUUAUACAAUAGUAAUCCUCAGAUAGGAUUGCAAAGAGUGAGAGCCUUGAUUGUAUACCUUCAAGAUGAAUACAGAUCAUGCCCUGAUACAGUGAAGAAAAAGCUACACUUGAUUCCUUUCCUCCCAAUUAUGAAGAAACCAUUACAGUACAGUUUACCAUGGCACAGUAGUACUGUAGAUAUUACUUCCCCAAGUGUCCUAUAUACAAGUAGCUGCAAACACUUAGUAAGUGUAUCCAAGCCUGUUAUCAAUGAUGGAGAUGGAGGAUGUGGACAUAUACCAUACAGUGUUAUGUCACUUCUUAAACUAACUGACAAACCAGAUAUUGAUAUCGUUAUUAAGCAACUAUUUACAAUAACUGAGUUUGGUUUCAUUGAAGGCACAACAUCUGAAAUAUGCCAGGCGAUUUAUUCAUUUUUAGUGAAAGAAAUUCAGACAAGAAAACUGCAUGGUCUGGACCAUAAUGUGAUAACAGAGAAAUUAACCACAAGUAGAAAACCAUUUCUGUUGACAUGUAGAUCGUUUGUGCUUCCAGAUCAGAUGUCAUUCAGUCUGAAAUUUAACUGUGCACCUUAUUUAUAUACUGUAUGUGAUUUUCUCAAGCCUUUUUCAGAGCUUCUUAAGGCUUGUGGGGUAAGGGAAUGCUUUGAUAUGUUAGAUUAUGUCAACGCGAUAAACCAAUUAGCACGUGAAAAAAAUCACACAAAAUUGACCCAAGAUCAGCUUGACUUAAUUAUAAAUCUAACAUCGCAUUUUCGAAACACAGAACACAUGUAUAAACCAUAUCUUGAUAAAAUUUACCUCCCUGGCCAGGAUUGUAUACUAUAUCAGCCUAAAGAUUUGGCGUAUAAUGAUGUCCCUUGGAUAGAAGUGGAAGAUGGGGAAUAUACAUUUGUUCAUGAAACUUUUAGCCGAUCACUUGCAAUCAAACUGGGAGUGAAACCAAUUCGCACAAAGAAAGUAGAAGAGUAUUCUACCGGAGUUGAUUUUUUCAUAGGAGAUUACUUUGGACAGAACGAAUGUCUUGCAGACAGAAUUAAGGGGAUAUUACAUAAUUAUCCAUUUGGAGUUGACAUAUUGAAAGAAUUGGUUCAAAAUGCAGAUGAUGCUCAGGCAACAACAGUACAUGUUAUUUAUGAUAAGAGAAAACAUCUAUCAGAAAAAGUAUUUAAUAAUUCAUGGAUUGAUGUGAUGGGCCCAGCACUUUGCAUUUACAAUGACAAGAUAUUUACAGACAAAGACAUCAAAGGUAUUCAGAAACUGGGCAUUGGUGGCAAACGUGAUGCUGCUGAAGCAAUUGGUCAGUAUGGUAUUGGUUUUAAUGCUGUUUAUCACUUGACUGACUGUCCAACUAUUGUGACAAACAAUACCGACCUUUUAAUAUUUGAUCCUCAUGCAAAAUAUGCCCCUGGUGCUGAUUUUCAUCACCCAGGACGAAGGAUUCCAGUGGGAAAACUACAACGGGAUUAUCCUGAUGUGUAUGCUUCUUAUCUUACUGAACAGUUUGAUUUGAAAAACUCAACAAUGAUUCGACUUCCAAUAAGAGAUAUCGAAGCAGCUUCAACAUCCAAUAUUUCAAAUAAAGCACUUGAUACAAACAAGAUAAAUUGUCUUAUUAAAAACUUCAAAGAUGAAAUGCCACAAAUGCUUUUAUUUCUGAAUCAUGUUAAAGUGAUCAAAAUAUCAGAAAUCACUGUGGGUGGUGAAACACUUCAAAAUACAUACUCAGUUAAAGCUGUCAUGACAGAUGAUGAUGCUGCACAACGUACCAAAUUUGCGUCAAUUGUCAAAAAGAGAGCAGUAGAAAUUUUGAAAAAGCAAAAUGCAGUAUUGGCAAUACCAGAAUCAGUUGUUAGUUAUGAGUUAAACAUUUCAGAUUCUAAUAAUAUUGACUACAGAUGGCAGGUAACACAAAAGAUUGGGUUCUCUAAAUCUGCUAGAGCAUCAUUUGAUGAUGAUGAUUUAAAUGAUUUCAUGAAAACCAUUUUGCCAAGAGGUGGUAUUGCAGCUUUAUUAAGUACAGCACAUCGACGUAGUAUGUAUAAUACAUAUUCAGAUUACAACAGAUAUGGUCUGCAUUAUUCCACUGCUCACGAAACAUAUGUUCCAAAAAUUAUAACAAGACAACAAUCUCAGGUAUUCUGUUUCCUUCCAUUGCCUGUUAAGACCGGACUUCCUGUCAUGGUCAAUGGCCAUUUUGCCUUAAGCUCUGAUAGAAGGAGCCUGUGGGAAAAUGAUAUAAAAGGGAAAUGGAAUACAUUUAUUAAACAUCACAUUAUUGCAACUGCAUAUAUUGACAUGCUGAAAGCACUUAAAACAGUUCUAUUUUUACAGCAUGGUCCAGUUAACAACAAUUUGGAGCUUUAUGAAGCAAUGUUUCCCAGUAUGACCACAGUUCAUUCAGAUUGGAAAGAGGUUGUUUGUUGUGUUUACAAACUUUUGAGUGAUUGUCCGCACCAACUCAUACCAGUCCUCCAGCUAGAUGAUUGGCCAACUGAUGAAAAUGAUUUUCUUGCUACUCAUAGUUCUAUUACAUGGCAUUUUUUGAAAGAUAGUUAUUUCAACACCGCUGCCAAAGUAUCUAGUCCAAAAGGAAUCCUUGACAUGUAUAUAAGAGAUGAUAAAGUGCAAUCUCCAUCUACUCUUCUAGUUAUAUUACAAAGGUUGGGAUUCCCACUUACAACACUUUCAUCAAGAAUUUAUGAUCAUUUCAAGGUUUUAAACAUAGAAGCUGCACAGGAAUUAUCUCCCCAUUAUGUGUUAACCUACUUGCGAGGCAAUCCUAAUGCAGUAGGCAAUAUCCCUUGCUUUAUAAAUGAAUCAAUAUUCCCUGAUAUUGAACAUUUAUGCAUUAUUUUGAAAUACUGCCUGAAAGGUGAAGACUUGGAACUGGAUGGCAUUCCACUGUUGAUUACUGUUGAUGAGGUAUUAAGAAAAUUUAACAAUGCAAAACCAGUUUAUGUAAAUAAGUACCCAAAUCUAAUUCAAGCACUAGCUAAACGGACUGUUUCAAAAUACAUAUAUCAUGAUAUGGCAGGCAUACAUGACGAAUCGAUUAAAAUAUUCACAAUAGAUGACUUAGCAUCACACCUUCAUACAGUUCUACCAAGACCACCAAAGAAAUAUAUUGACUGGAGACAUAAUACAUACAACAUUGGUGUGCCAUGGCUGAAAACCUUAUGGAAAUUUCUUUGUUUUCGUCAUAAAAAUGCCGACAAAUUCCCUGGCGCCCUCAUAAAUUGGUGCAUUGUGCCUACAACAGCGUCCCACUUAAUACCAUUGUCAAAUGCAAAAAAAAUACUUAGUCCAGAUAUGUCUGUCAGAUGGACAUCAUCUGUUCAUAACAUAGUGAAUAUCACCACAAAGCUUGGUUGUGCUGAAAUAAAGUAUGAUGCGAUGUGUACUAAUGAUGCUUUUAAGUUUGAAAUACAGUCACUCGUGGCAGAUUAUCUGAGUGAUUACAAUUUGCGAUCAGAUGUUGCUAAUGUUUUAAAAUGUCACUUGUGGAAUGGUGAUUGGUGUACAACACUCAGUGAAUCUGAUUGUACAGCUGUUCUGAAGUACUUUCAGGAGGAUAUGCCCUUGACCCCUAAAGUCAUCGACACAAUAAAGAAUCUACCAAUCUUUCUUACAAGAUUUGGUAGUAUAGUUUCUAUAGCAGAAUACAGUAGAGUCCAUGUCUUGGCAAGUUAUUACAUCCCAGAUAUUGAAAGUGCUAAGUGGAUGAAGAAGUACAAUUGCCUGAUAUUGAAAAGGGAACCCAGUUUACAUGAUAUAUAUGAUGACCUUGGGAUAACAGAAAUAUCAGUCACAGAAGUAUAUGUUCAAUAUAUUCUACCAUCCUUUCAGAGUUUGGGACAAGCCACUCAACUAAAGCAUCUUGACACAUUGAGAAUAAACUUUGCUUAUCUUGAAAGUGAAGCACUGAUAAAUAAGCUUAAACAUAUUAAUUUCAUUCCUGACCCACAAAGAAAUAAUGAAGUGUUUCCAGUAAGUAGAUUUUAUGAUCCAGAGAAUGAAAUCUUUCAGAGAAUGUUACCUGGUGGGUUAUUUCCACCGCCUCCUUUCAAUGACAAGAAAUGGUUGCAAUUUCUCAGAAUGAUUGGACUUCAUACAAAAGUCUCAGAAACAGACUUUAUCAAGUUUGCGAAGCAAAUAGAAGAAAUUGAGUGCAAUGAUGAACAAGAAGCUAUGUCACAAGCUGAGGUAUUGAUCAAGCUUAUGAUGUGCGACUCAGACUUCCAUAAUUCGUCUUUUCUGAAGGAAAUAUCAAAGAUACGAUUUGUGCCAGUAGGAGAGGUUGACUGGAAUUUGCGUAACAUCUAUUGGCAUCAUUCUAAUGCUAAUUUCACAUAUUUCUGUAAUACAGUCCGUGUGAAGUAUGCACCAUUGAUGUGGACGGUAGCACCUGUUCUACCGACCUGGGCUGAUCCAAAUGAACACUCCAACAAUACACAUGUUUUAGGGUUACUGUGUGAAAAUUUAAGGAUCCAGAAACAUCCUUCACUGGAGAUGGUAUUGCAACAUUGUAAAAUGUUAUCAUACAGUAUUGAAUGCAAUCUUGCAAAAUGUGUUGGUGCAUAUACACAUUGCGCAAAAAUGCUUAUUUCAGUAUGGAAAGCAAUUUAUGAAUAUAUAAUGAAACAAUGUGAAAUGUAUACAAAAAAACAGAGCUGUUGCACAGAUGAAACUAUGUGUGGAAUUUGUCAAGCAAUAACACAUAAUUUAAAAGACCUACCAAUUAUUAUGCUUGAAGAUUGCAAUACUAUUGUUAAAGCCAAACAAAUAAUAUUGAAAUUGUCAGAUACCAAAAUGGAACCAUUUAUUUACAGUAUUCCUCUGGAUUUGGGGUCAUAUUCCUCUUUAUUCCGUCUUCUAGGUGCCACUCAACAUCCGACUGAGUCACAACUUGUAGAUGUUUUAGAAAAUAUAUAUAAAUGUAGUGAUGGAAUAAAACUGGAUCCCAAUAAUCUCAGAAUAGCAUUUCAGGCCAUAUUUCUUCUGUUCUCCACUAUUAAAACAAGGCAUAUUAACAACAAAAAGUGUACAGAGGAUUGUAUUGAAAACUACCUGUUACAUCACAAGUUAUAUCUUAUUAGUACUGAUGAUAAGAUAAUAUUAUCGUCUGACCUUGUCUUUCAUGAUGUUGCUUGCAACACUAAAACAUUGAAGGAUCUCAAAUACAACUUUCUAUUUGAUAUAAGCAAAUGUGGUUUAGAUGAGUUUACAGGGGAUCUACUUAAAUUCCUGCCAACAAGCUGCAGACCCAAAUACUUGAGUAGUAUUGUAAGAAAUGAAAUAGUCAAUCCAAAGCCUUGCAGUGAGUAUCCAUCAUGCCAAGUACAGCAGUCAUAUCAAAGUAUGUUGUCCUCAAAGGAAUUUCGUGAUGCAAUACUGAAAAUAUUGAUAAAAGAAGAACAUGUCAAUGUGAAUGAAGAGAUCAAACAGCUGUUGGGAAACUUACAACAAAUAACAGUCAAGUGUCUUGAUGAAGUGAAUAUACAAUUAAUAAAUGUAGAAUCAAAUAGUACAGUAGUUAACAGCACACACAAAGAAUAUGUAUAUCUUGAAUAUGAAGAGAGUAACACAAUAUUGUAUCUACAUCAUGAUAGGAGCCAGGAUAGAAGGUUUAGUAGUAGCCUAACUAAGACAGUUUGCAAGCUCCUCAAAAAUGUGUAUCGUAUACAAUUGCAAAUACAAGAUCUGUUGUUUUGUCAACAUCCUGACGAAAUUAUGACAUACCUUAUUGAAAAUGGCUACUCAACUGAUGAAGGGGAUAAUGUACAUUUCAUACAACCUGUAGGUGUUGAAAUCAUCGAGCCAGAUAAGCAUUUUCUGGAUCACAAUCCUAACUAUCAUUUCAGACCUGGGGAAAUUGUUGGCUAUGAAUUAGACACCUCUGAAGGUCAAUCCACUUAUAUUUAUGUGCAAAUUGUGAAAGAAGUGAAGGGCAUAAAAGAUAAACAACAUUUCAUUCAAAUGUAUGAAAUUGAAAUUGGUAAACCUGAAACAUUAGUUGUCACAUCACUUGAUCUUUACAAAGUAAACAGAACGCAACACAAUGGUCCCUAUGAAUGUGAUGCAGAACAUGAUAGAUUGUUCAAAGAUGCAUGUGAAAAGAUGCCAGCACUCUGUGAAAGUAUUUUGUCUGAAGCUACCUUAACAGACGAACAAAAGAGGAAGGCCAUGAAGAGAUUAUAUUUCACAUGGCAUCCAGAAAACAACCAUCACAAUAAAGAGAUUGCUGGUAAAAUUUUUGAGCACAUUACAAGAAAACUUGAUAGAUUCCAACAGAAUUUCAGUUAUAAAUCUGGAAGAGGAUUUGGCCACGCUGCAAACUGUAAUGUGUUCACUUCAUUUUAUGAUCACUGGGGUCAGGAGGCUAGAGCCUAUCAUGAAAAAGCACAUACUUUUUCUUUUAGAAGUUUAGAUCAUGAUUAUUCGUCUUUUAUAAGAUACUCAAAACCAAAUCCCACUGAAGGAAAGCGCUGGCUUCGGCAAGCAGAAGCAGACUUACGUGCUGCAAGCAAAGACAUGGAAGGAGACAGUCAUUCAUUCGAAUGGGUGUGUUUCAAGUGUCAACAAGCUGCCGAGAAAGCAUUAAAGGGUGGUAUUUACACAGUUGUUGGGGACUUACCUGAUUCCAGAACACAUUCAUUAUCUUCUCUGGCUUGUACACUAUCUAAACAUGUCAGUGACAUGAAUGUGAAAGACGAUGCUAUCACAUUGUCAAAUAUCCAUUGUGACCAUCUCCAUCCUCGUUAUCCUGAUAUGUAUGGUGGAACUAAAAUACCAAAUGAUGUAUAUACACAAGAAACUGCAAAGAAGGCGCUUAAACAUACAAAACAAAUUGUACAUGCGGUUGCCACAUUACAAUUGCAUAAAUGA